AUUUUAUUUCAACUGUUUUGAUAAUUUGAUAUUCUACAUAUGGAUAGAAUUCAUUUCCGGAUGAGAUGCAGAGAUACUUUUUGUAAGAAAACAAAUCUAUUUUGGUGCAUCUUUUAUAACGAUUACCAUUAAAUGUGUUCCGAUACACGUAAAUAUCAUGUAAAUAUAAAAAACUUUACGCACCUGCCUGUGGUAGUUGUAUAACUAAACUUCCAUGUACUAACAAUAACAUUACACGAUCUUUAAUAAUCAGCUACUAGUGUUUAAAGAAUUCAGACAUACAACUUUAUUAUAGUGAAGUAUACUUCAUUCUAACUUUUUUCAAUAACGACACCAUUAGCAGUAGUUAACUAACAUCAUUAAAACAUGUCAAAAACUAAUGCUUGGACAGUGGUGUGAUAGACAUGUAUAGUUCAUUAGAAUUAGGCUACAUGUACAAUGUACAUAUUUGACAAUAUUUUCGUAUUGCUUGUAUGCUAUGCUUGCGUGUUCUGCUUGUAGCUGAGGAAUUUUUAGAAACAAACAGGGGAACUGUUGAGCCGAGGUCUAGAUCAAAUGCUAAUGGAAGAGCACCAGGUCAGCCGCCUAUAACAGGUUUCCGGUCUCAAAAUGCUGAUUCCCCUGGUCCUAGGGCUGAAGGGCAAAGAAUGCAAAGACCGGCAGACGGGCCUCCAGCCGGAGGCAGCCGAACACCUGAGGAUAUGUUUUCUCUUCCUAUACCCCCACCGCUGCCUGUGCUUCCUCACGGUCCACCACAGCUUGGAGAGCUAAUAUUUCCACCACCCCUACAACCUAUAGUACCAUUAGAUCCUCGAAGAAUGCCACCCCGGUCUCCAGGGCGAAGUGGGCGUUUUGAAGGACCAAAUCAGCAGCGCAGCAGACGAGUGCGGCGUCAGAGGCGAGGGCGAAGGUCACGUGGGCCAAGAGUUUUUCCAAAUGUUCCUGAUGUUGUCCAGAUACCUUCUGUGACUCCAACUGCGCAAGGACAACCCGGUGGUGGCCAGACCGGACUGACCCAGGCAGGUGCAGGCCAGAUGGGCGGUCAAAUGAAUGUUCAAACAGGUGGUCAAGCGGGUGGUCAGAUAGGUGCUGGACAGUUUGGAGGACAAGCAACAGGAUCUAUGGGAGGCUCUAUGACUGGAACAAUGGGAGGGCCAACUGGAGGGCCAAUGGGAGGUCCAGUUUCUGGACCGAUAGGAGGAACAAUGGGAGGUCCAAUAUCUGGGCCGAUUGGCGGAUCAAUGGGAGGGCCAAUGGGAGGUCCAGUAUCUGGGCAGAUGGGCGGAUCAAUGGGAGGGCCAAUGGGAGGUCGAGUAUCUGGGCAGAUGGGCGGAUCAAUGGGAGGGCCAAUGGGAGGUCGAGUAUCUGGGCCGAUGGGCGGAUCAAUGGGAGGGCCAAUGGGAGGUCGAGUAUCUGGGCCGAUGCGCGGAUCAAUGGGUGGACCAAUGGGAGGACCAAUUUCUGGGCCGAUAGGAGGAACUAUGAGCAGACCAAUGGGAGGAUCUGCAGUAGGCCAGUUUGGAGGGCAGAUGGGAGGUCCGUUUGGACGUCAAGUCAGUGGUCCGUUUGGAGGCCGGAUGACAGGUCCAACCUUCUCUUUUGGCCAGCCAUCGAGUGGUCAGUUUUCAGCUGGAACCCAGACCCAAGGUGGUCAAGGUUCCGCAAUAUUCCCCUCACAAGCCACACAAGGCCCCAUCAUAAGACAGCGUGGUCCAGGUUUCACCCCUGACAGCAGUUUUUCUACAGGUUUAGAUUUAAGCGGAUCAUCUACUGUGGUUCCGGGGUUCCCAAACGGACCAGCACUCCAGUUCCCCGACGGCGCGCGAGCCUUCGGCCAAAGUGAUCAACUUCUUUUCCCGAGAGGUGGAUUUUCACCAGAAGCUCUUUCAACAACAGGCUUACAGUCCUCAGGAUUUCAAGGUUUUCCCAGAGGAUCAUUUGGACAGAGCUUUGGGGGAGCAGCUACCGGUGGACAAGGAUUCCGUCCUGCAACUUUCGGACCAAGCUUUGCUGCAACACCUACCUCCGGACAAAUAAUAAGUCAAACGUCAGGAGGAAGUGAAGGCCAGAGCCAGGCCACAUCAAAUUUUGGCUUUGUCAGGCCAUCAGAUAGCGCUGCAGGUCCCGCCUUUAACACUGGUACGCAGCCGAGACAAAACUUCAACAUUCAGUUCCAACCGCUGCAACCAGGACCUCAAGUUCCACAGAUUCCUGAGCAACAGCCUACCCAAGGCCAGAUGGGACUUGGAACUUCCGGACAAGCAAACACUGGCUUGAACAAUGGUUUCUCUAGCCAAGGUAAUAUUCAGUUCGGAAGUUCGGGCCAAGUAGGCGGUUCUAGUCAAAGUGGACUUCAGUUCGGUGGUUCUGGUCAAACUGGAAUUCAGACUGGGGGCACCGAUCAGAACAGCAAAUUUACAAACUCCGGAAGCACGACAGUGGUUGAAACAAAUACAGAACAGCAGAGUGGUACUAUUUCUUUCGGUUCAAAUAGGCAGGGUUCAAACAGUGCAGCUACCACGAUAUCGGAGCGUACGGUAGAAGCCAUGGCACCUGUUGGAAACGCCGAAGCAAGUACAGAGUUUCGUCUUGUCGAAGUGGGAAAUAUCCUCGGAGAUAAAGGCUUUGUAAACAAUGAUGCUACAAGCGGAUCAGCCGUGGCCAUUGAAACCACUAGCGGACAACAAGGUUCGGCCUUCCAGCCCGCUGGUGAUAUAACUACAGCUUUUCGCUCGUUUGAAGCAGUUGACGGCUCGCAGAAUUUUGUUGAUUUAAGUUUAGAGCCGACAGUUACUAUGACAACAGCUGGCUCCACCGUCUCCAAAACAGACACCACCGGAAGCGUCACAGUAACAAAUACAUCAGAAACUAAAACUGUCAUGUCAGUCCAAGAUGGACCAUUUGCAAGAUCGAUAAACCAGGAUUUCUCCUUUUUCAUGGAUGAAAGCAACCAAGCGCCUAAUGAAAUGCCACCAAUCACAUUCAAUGCACCGGAACCGCCUGCCGUCGGCUCUGGAGGAACGCAGGUUCUUACCUUCCCGGUUCAAGGAACGGGUAGUACAGGAGCUGCAACGUCAAAUACUUCACAAGGAUUUAGUUUGAGUACGAACUCAGUCACAUCAGGUAAAACAGUAACUGGACCUGUUCAACCUGACACAACAACUAUUGCCAGUGAUACAACAGUCGGUGGUUUAUUGUGAAAAUUACACGCGGGGGUUGUGUGACAGGGUAAACGAUGUUCGCAUGCGAGACAAGUGCCGUGAGAGAAUGGACGUCUGUGAUAGCAUUGUGUAAAUAGAAUUGAAUUUCGUAAUAUUUACGACAUCUAAGCCAUUCAUAACUUCACUGCUUACAACGUGUCUGUGCGUGGAUAUGAAAAUGUUGACUUUCAGUUAACUUCGUUUUAAAAUGUGGUUACUGUAUUGAUUUAUUGUUCAAUUAAAUUUUAAUGUUAA